CUGACCCGUUUUUGUGAAAACAUGAGGCCCAAGUUUUAGAGUAACCCUUAGGCGCUCUAUAUAUAUUUUCAGAAUUAGGGUUUUUGGCCGUUCAGUCGGCGAAUUCAGCUUCUCAUCUUCAAUCAUGGUGGCCGCAAAGAAGACGAAGAAGACUCAUGAGAGCAUCAACAACAGACUCGCUCUCGUCAUGAAGAGCGGAAAAUAUACCUUGGGAUACAAAACCGUCCUCAAGACCUUGAGGAACUCUAAAGGUAAGCUGAUCAUCAUUGCCAACAACUGCCCUCCACUCCGAAAGUCCGAGAUCGAAUACUACGCUAUGUUGGCGAAGGUUGGAGUUCACCAUUACAAUGGGAGCAAUGUAGACCUUGGAACCGCUUGUGGCAAAUACUACAGAGUAUGCUGCCUCAGCAUUAUCGAUCCCGGUGAUUCGGAUAUUAUCAAGAGCAUGCCUGGAGAAAGUUAGGUUACAACUUCCUCUCAGGUCAUAGAUUUUUGUUUCAGAGUUUCUUUUUAAUUCACUUGAUUUUGGGUUGAACGUAGUUAUGUGUUUUGCUUGUGAGGCAUGAUAUCAUUGAACGAAUGGUUUCAUUGUAAACCCUUUUUAUGUUCGAGAUUAUCUUAUUCCAGAAAAUUUUCAUAUCAUUAUUUUGGUGUUCUUGUCUUAUAACAAAACAAGCAUCUUGUGAGUUUUUUUUC